AUGGGGCGGGGGCUCGGCGGCGCCGUCGUCUGCUCAAUGCUGGUGCUGCCGGCGCUGCUGGCGCUCGCCGCCUCGCAGCCGGUGUCCCCGGCUCUGUCGCCGUUUCAGAGCGCGCCGCGGCCUCCGCCGGCGCCGGCCGCGAGGGCGUCCUCCCCAGCGCCGGCUCCGAGGCAGUCGCUCCCACCGGUGCCGGCCGCGAAGCCGUCGUCUCCACCACCGACGGCGCAAGCUGGGAAACCAUCUCCGUCUCCGAGGCCGGCUCCAGUGCCGCCUCCGCCUGCCUCGCCCGUUCCACUUCCUGCUGCGCCGCGGCCGGGCCCCAAACCGUCUCCGCCCGCGGCUCCGGCGCCAAGCCAUUCACAGCUACCUGCCACGCAGCCUCCGCCGCCUGCGCCACGGCCGGCUCCGACGCCGCCACCGCCCUCGUCGUCGCCGGCGCCAAGGCCGUCGCCUUCACCUACCACACCGGCCCCACAGCCGCCACCAGCUCCGAAACAGUCUCCAUCACCGGCUUCACCACCACCACCGGCUCCGCCGCAGCCUUCGUCGAACUCCACGCCGUCGACGUCCUCGACAUUGGGCCAGCUCUCGCCCAGCUUCUACGCGCAGUCCUGCCCGGGCGUGGAGCUGGCGGUGAGAGAUGUGGUCAGGUCGGCCUCCACCCUGGACCCCUCCAUCCCUGGCAAGCUUCUUAGGCUGGUCUUCCAUGACUGCUUCGUCGAGGGAUGCGAUGCAUCAGUAUUGAUACAAGGUAACGGCACGGAGAGAACCGAUCCUGCAAAUCUGUCGCUUGGUGGGUUCAAUGUCAUUGAUGCUGCCAAGAGAUUGCUCGAAGUCGUGUGCCCUGCAACUGUUUCUUGCAGUGACAUUAUCGUCCUCGCCGCAAGAGAUGCCGUUGUGUUUACCGGAGGACCGGCGGUGCCUGUGCCCCUGGGGAGACGAGACGGCCUGGUCUCGUUGGCAUCCAACGUCCGGCGAAACAUCAUCGACACCGGCUUCUCCGUCGACGCCAUGGCGGCCAGCUUCACCGCCAAGGGUCUCACCCUGGACGACCUCGUCACCCUCUCAGGUGGGCACACCAUCGGGUCGGCGCACUGCAACACGUUCCGCGAGCGGUUCCAGGUGGCGAACGGGAGCAUGACGCCCGUGGACGCGUCGAUGAACACGGACUACGCGAACGAGCUGAUCCGGGCGUGCUCGGCGAACGGCGCCGCGUCGGCUGCCGUGGCCGUGGACUGCGACUCCGGGUCGGCGUCGGCCUUCGACAACCGCUACUUCGCCAACCUGCUGGAGGGGCGGGGCCUGCUGCGCACGGACGCCGUGCUGGUGCAGAACGCCACGACGAGGGCCAAGGUGGAGGAGUUCGCCCGGAGCCAGGAGGGGUUCUUCGCGAGCUGGGCGGGCUCGUACGCCAGGCUCACCAGCCUCGGCGUCAAGACCGGCGCCGACGGCGAGAUCAGGCGGACCUGCUCCAGCGUCAACGGCUGAUGGAUCGUGAAUGGGGUCUGGGGAGCAAAGUAUGUGUAGAGCGAGCGAUCUGUUUGCAUUU